AUUAUGGAACUGGAAACCGAUAACUCCAAGAAAGCCGCGGAGAUGGGUGUACGACCGCCUGUAGGCGAUUUCAACCUCACUCAAGAAAUGGAAAAGGAUAUGGGAAAGAUGAUCGCUUAUAUCAGUGACCUUAAACAGAAAAAUCAUGAAUUGAACUUGCACUUGAAGAACUACGAGGCGAAGGGCACUCCACCCAUUCCUAAAGACACGGGAGCAGCAGAUCUUCGAAGCGAACGCGAAAAGCGUCGUGCAGCCGAGACUGAAGUAACAGAGCUGAAGCAAAUCCUACUGAAAAGCGACAAUCAAAAAGUGAUCGCAUUAGCUACAAAGGCAAGCAUGGACCGGCUUCUAUCAUGA